GCAAAAAUAAAACAGAUUCAGUGGUAUCUCUUACAGCAGGGUGUAACCAAUGAGCUCUCUCUUUCUAAAAAAGACCUGAAUAGGUAUUUCUAUUUGAUAUACGUUGUGAAGAGGCUGGAAAACGAAACGUCUAAUGUUAGCACGUGAAACCUCAGGACCCAUAAGACCAGUGAAACUGCGCUGGGCAAAACUUCCUUUUUCAGGAGCAGCAGUCGCUGAAUCUCUCAGUAACCCUCAGCCAGUCGUGAGAAUGCAAGAACAGGAACUGUGCAUGGAGCAUCGCUAACAUGGAAGUUACUAAUCUCUGGCUUAAGCUGGCAUGCUGGCUGGUGGCGGUGGCAUUUCUGAUCAGGCACGCUUCGUGCAAGCUGGACGAGAAGUACCUGAGGACCCAGCCGUGCGAUGUGCACGAAAACACCACCGAUAGAAAUGUGGUCUUCUACUGCCGGGGUCGGAGGUUACGAGAGGUGCCCAAGGUCUUCAGUAACACCACCAGACUUGAUCUGUCCGAGAACAAAAUCAAGAACUUAACCAUGAAGGACCUGGAAAACCUGCAAAAGCUUGUUGUACUCAAUCUCAACUGGAUGAAUGACAAUCAUAAAGUGAACAUAGCACCCGGGGCUUUCACCAAUCUGACAAAACUAGCGCAGCUUCAACUCAACGGAGUCGGCCUGACUCACAUUCCCAAACUUCCGAAGACUCUGAAAGGAUUGAGUUUGGUGGGAAACAAAAUCAUCUCGCUCAAUGCAUCCAGCUUUUGGCACCUGGAAGGCUUGACUGCGCUGUACUUGUCCAGGAACUGCUACUUCUGGAAUCCUUGUUAUAAAGCUUGCGAGAUUAAAAAUGGAAGUUUUUCCAGCCUUUUCAAGUUAAAGAGUCUGACUUUGUCCUACAAUAAUCUGACUUACGUUCCCAGAGGUUUGCCUCUCUCCCUUGUCUCUCUUGAACUUGCUUCCAAUCGUAUAGCGUAUAUCGGGGAGAAUGACUUCCAAAAUCUGCACAAUUUGCUGGUUCUUAAAAUACAAGGAAAUUGCCCACGCUGUCAGAAUGCACCAUUUCCCUGUGUCCCAUGUCCAAAUGGAUCCAUCGAGAUCCAUGAACAUGCUUUUGACCAUCUACAGAAACUCACGUUAUUGCAACUUGCAGGAAACUCAAUUCGUUUCUUGAAGAACGGUUGGUUUAGUAACCUGUCAAAGCUUCAGGAACUCUUUCUUUCCUUCAAUUUCUUAUUCGACGCCAUCAAGGACGGACAGUUUCUGACUCAUCUACCACUACUGAGUAAACUCGAUCUCUCGUUUAAUUACGGCAUGAAGGCGUAUCCCAGAACCAUAAGCCUUGCGCCUACUUUUGCUAAUCUGACCUCUCUUAAGAUCCUGCACCUUCGAGCCUUGGUUUUCAAAGAAAUUGACAACGAAACUCUAAGUCCUCUAUAUGCCCUACAAAAUCUGUCUGUUUUGGAUCUAGGGACCAAUUUUCUAGUGCACACACAAUCCGACCUCUUCAGCCACUUUCAGAACCUGAAACUACUGUACCUUUCAGAAAACCGUCUUUAUCCUGUAAGUAACUCUAAGCUUCCACAGUUGGGCAGUAGUUCUGGUCCUACUUUCAGCCUGCCUGUGCUCUCAGGAUCCAGCUCUAUAAGGGAGCAAACUUUCAAUAUCCCCAACCAACUGGUCAAGCCAGAGUGCUUCAAUUCUGGCCGUGUGCUGGAUUUGAGCCGAAACAACAUCUUCUUCAUUUCUCCCAAGCAGUUUGAAGGACAUGGUAAUAUUUCCUGCCUCAAUCUGUCCAGAAAUGGCUUUGCGGCAGCCCCCAACGGGACUGAAUUCACAGCUUUGCCAAAACUGAAAUACCUAGAUUUGUCAUUUAACAAGAUUGACCUUGCCUAUGACAAUGCCUUUAAAGAAUUGAAGAUGCUGGAGGUGCUUGAUCUCAGCUUCAACGCACAUUACUUCACUGUGCCUGGAGUUACUCAUAAUUUAAACUUUUUGAAGCAGCUACCCAACCUGAGGGUCCUAAAUAUGAGCUCUAACAGCAUUGAUACCUUAACGACCAAGGAGAUGCACAGCAAUUCUCUCAGCGAGCUUCAGUUUCAGCACAACAACCUGGGAAAGUUAUGGAGAGAAAACGACAAAACGUAUGACAAUCUUUUCACGCAUUUGAAAAACCUGACACAUCUUGACAUUUCGUACAACAACCUCAACAAGAUCCCAAUCAGGGUUUACGAUUGCUUGCCGGGGAAGCUAAAGAAAUUCAGAUUGUCUCACAACGGACUGGAAGGUUUGGAAUGGACUUUGUUGAAAAGAUUUACCCAACUAGAGGAGCUUAUCCUCAGCUUCAACAGCUUAGUGAACAUCUCUCAAAACAUAAGUCAGAGUGUUCCAUACCUGCGUUUCCUCGACCUGAGCAAAAACAAGAUCUCUCAACUGACUGAUGACUUUCUCAUAGGCGCUGUGAAUCUCCAGUGGCUUGACCUCAGUAACAACAGGCUGGCCAUCAUCAACCAGACCACAUUUCCUUCAAAGGAAUACAGCCACCUGAGCAGCUUGUGGCUUCAUGGAAACCCUUUUCGCUGCACCUGCGACAUCUUGAGCUUCAUCCUUUGGAUGGACGGCACCAAUGUAAAGAUCCCCAGACUUGCGACCUCGGUAAUGUGCAAUAUGCCUCAAUCAGUCAAAGGAAAACCGGUGGUAAAUUUUGACAUCAGGGACUGCAUAGAUGACCAGGUAGCCUUCCUUAUCUACUUCUUCACCACUUUCUUCAUUAUUUGCAUUACCUUCACCACCACUGUGAUGCACCUGUUCUACUGGGACGUCUCCUACUUGUUCUACUACAUGAAAGCCAAAUACAAAGGAUACGAGUACCUGAGUUCCACGGACAACGUCUACGACGCAUUCGUGACCUACGACACCAAGGACCCGCAAGUAUCCGACUGGGUCCUGAACCAUCUGCGGGUUCAGCUUGAGGAACAAGGGGACCGGUACCUUCCUGUGUGCCUGGAGGAGCGGGACUGGGUUCCAGGAAGCCCCCUGUUAGAAAGUAUGACCCAGAGCAUCCAGCAGAGCCGCAAGACAGUCUUCGUCCUCACGCAGAGCUUCGUCAACAGUGGCUCCUUCAAGAUGGCUGUGUACCUGGCGCACCAGCGGCUGCUGGAGGAGAGCAAGGACGUCAUCGUCCUGCUCAUGCUGGAACCCGUUCUGCAGAGCUCCCACUUCCUGCGACUGCGGCAGCGACUGUGCAGUCAGAGCGUCCUCGAGUGGCCCCGGGCUCCGGCUGCAGAACCGUGGUUCUGGCAGUGCCUGAGGAACGCCAUCAGGGUGGAGAACUGUGACAUGUACAGCAAGCUCUACUCCAGAUACUUCACCAGCAGGAGCAGCAGUGUGAGGGACUGAAAACUGGAGCUUUUACUGAUACUGUCCAAUACAUGUUUUUGUCCAAUCUGUUUAAAGAUUUUAAAUGUCAAUUGUUAAUGAAGAUGUUUGUGUUUCUGUUGUGUUUUUACACUUUUUUUUCCUAUAUACAUCUCUGGAAAAAAUAAGAAAGCACUUAAGCACUUAAAAAUGAUGAGUUUCUUUGAUUUUACCAAUUUGAAAACCUCAAAAGCAAGGAAAAUUAUGAAAGCAAGACGGAAGAUCACAAGCCAUCAAAACAGGAGUAAAGGCAUAAAGUUAUCCAAAAGCAGUGUGUAAGACUGGUGGAGGAG